AGUACACGAUGGCCGAUGAUGAGGACGACUACAUGUCUGAUAACUUUUUGGCAAUGACUCAGGAUGUGAAGCCAGGUAUUGCAAUCAGUGCAGAACAUAGACGAAUGCUCAAAAUAGAAAGUGAACGAGUACGAGCUCGCAGGGAAGACUUCGCAAAGCCAAAGAAACGUGAGCUAGAAAAGGCGAUACGGGAAGAGGCUUUGAGCAAGCCAGUGCCGGAAACAUCCAAGGGUUUUGCUCUUAUGGCAAAAAUGGGGUUCAAACCUGGGAUGAGUCUAGGAAAGAAGAAAGACGGGAUCAAGGAACCAAUAACACUCGAAGUGAAGGUUUCUCGGACUGGUUUGGGACACGACAGCGAACAAGAAAAUCAGGCAAAACAAAGAUUAAGGGAGCAGAUGGAUAGAAUGAAGAGAAGAGCAGCACAAACUGUAGAGUUGAUUGACGAUUAUAAAAAACGAAAACGUGAGAUGGUCAAUACGAAAGAUUUGAUACGCGAUAUUAUUGCAAGUAGGAAAGUCUGUGUUGAACUGGACUUACGGUUAGUUUGUUACUCCAAGCGUUUUCGGGCUUUUGCUAAUGUUCGUCGACUUUUUCGGACAAACGUCGAACUUCCCGAGCAGCCAUGGUUUUGGAAAAGUUACAAGCAGCGUGAUGCAGAUGAUGCAUUGGAUCCACAUCUUCGACAAGGUUCUUCUGAUGAUAUAGAAGCAAGGUAUUCUUAUGCUAAUGGUAAAGAGGCACCGCCUGAGGAACGCUUUGAUGAACUCGGUGACGAUGAGCUGCUUGAAAGGUUGAGCCAAAUAACAUGCUAUCUUCGGACAGCGCAUCUCUACUGUAUAUGGUGUGGCUGCCAAUUUGAUCGUCAAGAAGAACUUGAAGAUUAUUGUCCUGGCACUGAUAAGCAAGCACAUGACUCUAUUGAUGACUGAUCCGGUUUCUGCGCGAUUCAUAUGACCUCAUCCUGAUACGUGUACAUUUGAUAACUUUAUUUGUUACACUUAUGUGUGGUUAGCGUCCCAGUUUUUUCUUUUCGUCUCCAUUCCAGAAUUAUGGUACAUAGUACGCCUUUAGAAUACAUUUGAAAUGUCACGGGACUGUAAUAAAUAUUA